CCGGGGGUUGCGGGGUGGGCUCCAGUGGGGUGGCCCUGGGACUCGGGACUAGAUCAAACACUCUAUCGGGUCCCUUGCAAGGCUUUGCGUCCUCCUUCCUUGCUCUUUUCCACUUUAUUUACGACAGACCCAAUUUAAGCACCGGUCCAUCCCCACUAGCUUCUGCAUUCUUGCCUCAGGGUGUGGUGUGGCAAGAGAAGCUGGGGUGUUAGGAGGCAGGAUUCCCUGGUAGGGUCUCGGCUAAGGUAGAAAUGGCUCAGACUGCAAGCAACCCUGGGCUCCACCCUCGGCCCUACUUCAUGGAGAUUUGGAACACUGGUUGAGCUUCUGCAAAUAGGAAAACUCUUUUCAUUUUGAAGGGAGCUUAGCCUAGCGUCAGGAACUCUAACAGGUGGAAUAGAGGGCUUGUUUUCAUGCAGCUUGCAUUCUGGGAGACAUGUGCAAUAAAAGUCUUUUAAGAGGAGAGCGUUUCCUUCCGCUAAGGCCAAGCUUUGCACACCGAUUGAUCCUCAGCCAUGACGUUCAAGGCACAGUCCUAUAAGUUCCCCACGAAAAUGGUCGGAGACAAAGGCAGCCAGGAGUUCAUAAACAACAGCUCCUCUUCCUUCACUGAAGAGAAAAAGAAAGAAUCAAAGAAAAACAAAGGGAAUGUGACUAUUUCUGACCGCUCAAGUAACCCUUUCCACAUAUCAAAGGAUGUGGACUACUUCUUGCUCAGAGAGCAGGAGAGGACUCAAGCUAUUGCAGAGCGUGAACAAAAGAAGAUUUUGAGGGUGCACCAGAAGAUGACCUAUGCAUCCAAGGUAUCAGCCAAGCACACAAGUCUGCGCCGGGAGCUACAGCUGGAAGAAGCAAUGGAGCAGGAGCAGCUGAAUGCCGAGGUAGAGGAGAUGCACUGCUUCCGAGACAACCAUGAUUGGAAGCUGGCUAUGACCCGAGAAAAGAAUAAAGAGCCUGGAACAUUGAAUGACUACAUGGAGAAGAAGAGAAGCAUGUUUCUCCUCCAGUAUGCCCUGGCAAUGAAGCGCAAUGAAAUCCAGCGACUGGAAAUGCUGGCGGUCCGGGAGGAGAACAGGCUGGAGAGGGCUGAGAAGUUCCUGGAGAAGGACGCGUCCUUGUUUGACGAGUUCCUCAGGGAGAAUGACCGCAACUCAGUGCAGGCCAUGAGACUGGCUGAGAAAGAGGUCAAGAUCAAGACAGAGAAGAUUGGUGAGAUCCGGGAACUCACAGCCCAGAUCACGAGCAUCAAAAGCGACAUCUCCAAAUUUGAAGACACUUUGAAACAUUACAAGGUCUACAAGGAGUUCCUGUACAAGUUGUCACCCAAAGAGUGGCUGGAUGAGCAGCAGGAGAAGCGCUUGGCUCUCAGAAGGGCCAAGGAGUCCGAAGAGCUCACCAAGAUCAGCAGCACGGCCAGCUUAUUAGGAGACAGAGUAGCGUCUGGGAUUAAGAGCAAGACAGCUUUCCUGUGGAAAGACCUUCACAGCUUGAAGAAGGCCGCAAGGAUUGGACGACUUGGAAAGGGUCCAUCGUCCAGCACUCAGAGCCUCCCGCAGGUCGUUCAGCUCACCCAGGCCAGCAUGCAUAGCGAUCUGGACUCCAGACUGUCAAGCGCCACGAUUCCAUCACAAGACGACACUGACAGCGAUGGGGAGGAGCUGGCACUAUACUUCACUGAGCCCCAGCAGCUCUUAGACGUCUUCACAAAGCUAGAGGAACAGAACUUGUCACUGAUUCAGAACACACAGGAAAUGGAGGAGACCUUGGAUGAACUGAACAUCACUCUGAAAAACACCCAGAUCCGCAUGGACAAGGAAGUCAACCUUCUGAAGCAGUGGAUUUCCUCCAUGAUGAUAUCAAUCUCCAAGGAGGAAGAGUCAGCUGCAGAACUAGAGCUCAAAGCCCGAGUCUUCCACUUUGGGGAGUAUCAGGGUGACCAGCAGGACAAGAUGUUGGAAAGCCUGAACCACAAGGUGCUGGAUGUGUACCGGAAGUGUGUGGGCAUGCAGCAGGAGGCCAACCUGGGCACAGUGCAGAUGCUGACUGUGGUGGAGCACCAGCUGGAUGAGCUGAUGGAGAAUCUUGAGCGAGUGCCUCAGGUCAAGAUCGAGCAGGCUGAGAAGGUCAAGGAGAGGGAGCGGCGCAUAAGGCUUCGUGAAGAGAAGGCCAAGAUGCAGCAGCAGUUGCAGGAGGAACGUCUGCAGAGGGCUCGAGCCAGGGCCCAAGCUAAAAUAAAGAAGAAGAGAGGCCGGAAAUUGGUAACCCGUUCUCAUCCACCAAUCAUCAAAGUAAAGGAGGUACGUGAACAGACACUGAUAGACAAAGACAAGGAGGAGAUGCUCUUCUUCUUCACUUAGCAGCAGAGCUGGCUGAGGGCUCAGGAAGAAGUCAGCAGGAAGUACAGACAGUAAGGGGCUAUAAGCCUGAGGGGUCCCUAACUCCAUCUCAUACUUUCCUGUCAGCCUCCUUACUCAAAGGAAAUAAAAUCAUGUCUCUUGGGAGUCUGAAUGGCCUGCUGAG